AUGCAUAACGUCGAAUUGUACACAAAAAACAACUAUUAUCAAAAAUUUAUUGCGAGAAGAUUUUAUAAUUUUUUUGGUGAUUUUUUAAAAACUGAAUAUGAAAGUCAAGAAAUAUCUUUGAUUGAUGUUGGAAGUGGAUGUGGCACAAUCUUGUCGGAAGUGACGGUUGGUGAAAGUGGAUUGAAAUUCGCUAAAGUUCUUGGCAUCGAUAUUAGUGACAAAAUGGUUAAAUUUUCGAACGAAACUUACGGAAGUGAAUUGAUGUCGUUUCGUUACAUGGAUGCAAUGGCUUCUAUUCCUGAUGAUUUUUCAGGUGUUCAGUUUAACAUGGCAACGUCAUUUAAUGUCUUUCAUUUUUUUAAUGAUUUAAAAAAGGCUCUUAAAACGAUUAAUGAUUUGAUGGUUGUUAAUGGAACUCUCGGUUGUGUGUUUUUUAUCUGGCAUAGAUAUCUUGAUGCUUGGGAUGCCUUGAUUGAGAAGUAUCCAAUAAUGACAAACUGGAGAAGUCAUUUUACACCUCUUUCUUUAGUUGACAAUCCUGAUGAAGUAUUGAAAAAAUAUCUAAAAGAAACUGGAUUUGAAAUUGUUGAAUUUAUUGACGUUAAAAAUGAAGUUUAUAAUUGUGUGCUCCCUGAAAAUAUGGCAAAUACACUUGAUGCUGUCAAUCCAUUCUUUACGAUGAUGUCUGAAGAGCAGCAGCAACAAUUUUCCAAAGAUCAAAUAAGCAAAAUUUUUGAAUUGCAGGGAAGUGAUUCCCUAGUUGAGCCAUUUAGGAAUAUUUACUUCAUUGCAAGAAAAGUUCACAGUUGUUCUACUGACUAG